AUGAACGGCUGGAAAUUUUUCGCAGCUGAAGCGCCUGCCGCGGCUAUUGCGUCCCAACAAUCCCUCAGCACAUCAGCAGAACAAAUUCUCAGUCGACGAGAUGUAAAAAGCAAACUCAACGAAGCCCCUUGCAUUCUGAUGCUUGGCAGCGAAGAUCAGGGCCUGCAGAAAAGCGUUCGACAACAAGCAGAUGGCGUUGUGGUUAUACCAGGAGCUAUAACCUCCACAGGCGAGGAAGAUCGAGCGGGGGUCGAUAGCUUGAAUGUGAGCGUUGAAAAAAACGUUGUUAUGCGAGGCCUUUCUUGGGGACCCAUCAUCUACUGGUCCGGGCUUGUCGUCGUCUGA